UCUGUAGCAUGCAGCAUCUGCGAAGAGUUGAAUGUGGGUUUGGUUGGGCUCGACUUCUGGCCAUAUCUCAGAGUAGCCUAGUUCUCCUCUCACCUGUUAGUGGGGAAAUGCUCGUCUUUUCCUGGCCAUUCCUGUUUCUAAAACAGGCACUGGACUUUGCCUACAACCCAAGCCAAGAGGAGCUAUUUGUCUCAAAUGGUACAUCAGAGGUCUUGGUGCUUGACAUGACCCGUUGUCCAUCACCAGUUAAGCAGAUCCUGUGUACCCGUCGGAACAAGGAGGAAGAUGAAAGUGUUAUGUGUUUGGAGGCAGUUAUGUUGUGUGGAGAAGGCUGGGCUGACACCAAACCUCGACCCUAUCUGGUCUUCAGUGGUCAUUGUAGUGGAAAGCUGCAACUCCUUUCUCCAAGCAGGUUUCACUGCCAGGUACCAAAUGCCCAUUCUGAUGCAGUUUUACAAAUCAGCAGUAUACCUGGUGAAAACCCCCAGCUUUGCUGCUAUGGAGCUGACAGGAAGCUGAGUGUUUGGGUGGUGAAAGCUGGAGAAAAACAAAUCAAGCUGACCUGUACCACCCAUAUAUACUGCAGCACAAGUAUGAUCCUAACACAGCUGACCCCGGGUCUCAUUUUUGCAGUAUCUCAGGGACAUAACCUUCUAUUGUACUCCCUUUUGGAUGGAAACUGUUUACAGUUAGAAAGAAUUUCAUCUACUCCCAUAUCUUGCAUGGAUUACUGUGCAUCUCUGGGCCUAGUUGUAAUUUCAGGUCCAGCAGGAAUUGUGGAAGUGUGGGACACUCAUGGGAUCCUGCUUGUUGUGAUCAAACUGGGUGCUCCUGUAAGCCAGGUGUGCUUCGCUAACACACGUGGGGAUCUACUUGCCUGCUUCAACGACAGUAUUUUUAUUAUUUUUGCUGUAAAAUAUCUUCCAAUUUGUAUGCUAAAGCAGAUGCCGGCUCAUAACCAAGCUGAUGACCUUCUAGAAGAUCCCCUUCCAUUUUUGCAGCAAUCUUUUGGUUACUAUGACUUAGAUUUGGUGUCGAGGAUGUUGCUAAAGCCUGUAGAAACAAAAUCCUCAGAAAUAAAGACAACAGAACCAGAAGUUGAAGCUCUGGAACCAGAAACGAAUAUGCAGUUGUCACACAUGGAAAUUCUCAUAGAGGCUUCUAACCAACCCAACAUUUUAACAAAUAAAGAAGACCAAGGUUCUCAGCCAUACAGGCCACAAGUCAAAUCUAAGCUAGACGAGAAGAUUCAAAUAGCAGAAGAAUCAAAAGAGCCAGACACAACAAAUGAUGUUUGGAACAAGGUUGAAACCUCAUUAGAACCAAUAAUUUUAAGGCAGGAGCCCUCUGGUUGGCCGGUUGCCCCUGAUGGUUACAUCCCUAACUCUGUAAUUAGAAACUGGGGACAAAACCAAGAACCAGAGAAAUCAAAGCUUGAAGUGGGUAAGCCCAAAAUUCUACAGGAGACGUAUGGUCUCUUGGAAGAUGCACACAUAUCUGAAACUGUCAAGAUUGUUCCCAAAGACCAAGCGCAAAGGAUCUUAAAGCCAGCAUUAUUGUUGAAACAGCCUGCUCAGAUUGAGUCUGUUACUGAGCUUCAUAUAGAAAAAGAUGUAAACAGUCACAAAACUUUGCUGCAAAUAAUAGCUGAAAGCCCGUGGCUGGUAAAGAAACCUAAGGCUGUUGAAUUAAACCCUGUCGUGAGUUCCUUGACACUGACCAUGGAUUCCAUGGAUCCAGACGUUUAUGACAACUGUACCACGGCAUUAUGUAGCCUUUAUCAAACCUACGAAAUUCCACCAGAAACCAAAGAGAUGCUUAGUCUGACUCUGCUUCAAAACAUGCAGAAAGGAAAUCCACACUGGAAGCGCCUGAGAGCACUGAAGAUCCUGUUUCAGCUAAAACUCUUAAAGGAAAAAGACAUGGCUGUAAUAGCUGAGGUGCUAAUUGAUAAAGAGCAUGAUUUGCAUCAGAUGGCACGUGACGUCCUAGCGCAGGUCUACAGCAUCAAGUAUAAAGACAAGCUGCUGGAUCAUCUAUGCAGCAAGGAGGUUUCUACUAGAAAGAAACUCUUUAAACAAUUAGAUGACCAUCUUACCGAAGACCUUCAGCUACAGCAGAACAUCCCAGCAGUUUGCCCCAAAACUACAAGAGAAGUGACCGUGCCUGUGUCCAAUGGGCAUCCCACUCCUCAGUAUGAUGACAUGUCAGCUCAGAUGCAGAGUUAUUCAAAUAUUAAAGGGAUUACUCCAUCUGAUAUUCCUGCCCUUAAGAGACACGUCCCUGCUCAGCCAUCUCAAGCCCCUGUUAAAGUCAAUAAAUCAGACAUGUCCCCCAGUGAGCACCUCAAACCCACCCAGCAUAUCAGGAAGAAAUACAGGAAGUUCAAUAUCUCUUUUCCAAAGAGGAAAGCCAUUUUGUCCAAGUCAGGUGCGUCAUACCUGAGCCUCAGUGACUCAACCCUAGUAGAUCUUUACAAGAAGAUCAAGACCAAACGUCUAACCUAUUGCCCAUUAUUGCUGCCCAAACCAGAAGGGUUGGUUCACAUGCCCCCCACUAUCUCUCACCAACCUGAGCUCAACUAUUGGGAGCCCAUCAAAGGCCAAGGACAGCACAACUGGAGGGAGAACCUCUACCACCUUAUCUCUCAAUAUGGUUUCCGCUCCCCAAAUGCCAGUAGGAUAGUACGCCAGGAUCCCCCACCCACACCUGUCCAGGGUAACCUGUCCUGCACCCUACCCACUAUUCCCACCAGUCAUUUAACUGCUGGACAAAGGUUAGUGGAGAGGAUUUGGUUUAAGAAAACACUGUUUCCUUCACAAUUCCAUCAUAUACAGCCUCUUCCUGAGCAGCUUAAUGUCCACACACUGGAUCACUCUGGAGAAAGCCAGUAUGGAAGGCUGAAGGUGGACUGGAGGGCAGGACUGAUGGACUGUACAGGAAUAAAACUGGCACCCACAGGGCCUCGUCGAACCUGGCAUUGGACCAGCCGCGACCCUGGUCGGGAUAAAAGACUUAAUAAAUAAGAAAUAAUAAAAUAAUGAAUAAAUAAAAUAAAAAAUAAAUGA